GAUUCUGGCAGAUUGUGAGGGACGCCGAACAUGUCUUUGCAUGUCCCGCUGGAGGUGGAGGAGGUCGGGCUGCCGCAGGACCCGCGGCCCGCAGAGAGCAGCUGAUCCGGGCCGGUCCACCGAGGUUCUUCCGCUGACCUACAGAAUCAUGGCUGUUCACCAAGCGGUCUCCGGCCGGGUCGGACCGGACCUCCGGAACCUGGAGGACCCGAGGCGGCUGCGGGUCCUCUCCUCCCGGGCCCUCUCCAUCGUGCGGAACCGGGACGUGCAGAACUUUGAGACGGUGAUGGCGUUCCUGGACGCGACGCACCGCCUGCUGCCCGGCCUGGUUCCCGCCAUCAAACACAUGAAGAUCCAGUUCGGCCUGAAGACCAUGGUCGUCAUGCAGAUGCUGAGGGAAGGCAGAGGGGCGGUUCUGGUGGUUGUGAAGGUUCUGGUUCUGUUGCAGGUCGUCAUGCAGAUGCUGAGGGAAGGCAGAGGGGCGGUUCUGGUGGUUGUGAAGGUUCUGGUUCUGUUGCAGGUCGUCAUGCAGAUGCUGAGGGAAGGCAGAGGGGCGGUUCACAUCGUGUCCAGUAUCAUCCGGUUCUUCCCCAACAAGCUGCCUGAGUAUGAAGAUCAGUGUAGCCAGAGAGAAAUGUUCCUGAUGAGGAAGAACCAGGCCGACUUCAGGCGCCUGGUCCAGAACCUGGCCUUCACCAAGGAGAGGCUGCAGGACUACAUGAAGGGCGACAUGGAGGAGCGCUAUGGUGAGCGCUACGCCCAAAAGGUGGAGCAGCGGCUGCUAGCUUACCUGCAGGAGGUGUGGAGGGCGCUACCUGCCGACACCUACAGCUGCAGAACCGGCUGGGACCGGCCCGAACCGGGUCUCAUUACUCUGACUCAGAUGAUGAAGAAACAACAUCCUGAGGAUGAGGAAGAGACGAGCGCACCUUCAUCAGCUGGGAGGAAGCUGCUGGGUGACGCUCGUCCCUCAGAGACGUCCCUGCAGAGACGGCCUGAAGCUGACUGGAUCCCACAGGUCAGUUCUGGUUCCAGUCCAGAUGUUGGGGAACCCCAUGGUCCAGAGGAUGGAACAGAACCAGAGAUAGUGGAGGAGGAGGACGUCCCCCCGUCCCCUCGGUUCUGCUCCACGCACCAGCGCUGGAUGGACAACUUCCUGAGAGGCUGUGCAGAAGACGAUCUGCCGCUGCUGUCCGACCCGACCCCGGUUCCGUCCGACCCGACCCCUGUUCCGUCCGACCCGACCCCGGUUCCGUCCGACACGACCCUGCUGCCGUCCUCUUCUGAGGACCAGAUGCCAUCAGACCGUGUCUCGCCUCUGUCCAGAACCUCAGAAGGUUCUGAUGGACCCGUCCUGCUGGUUCCAGUGGUCCAGCUGGAGGACGUCUUGUGGCGACUCGGGUCCAAUCCGUCUCAACCCGUCUCCGCGAUUCUUGUCAAAGCAGCUUCCUGUGGGUCUAGUCCGGGUUCUCUGGCCCGCCAGACGUCGAUGGACCAAAAUGUCCUGGAGCCUGCAGGUUCUGCCCCGGUUCUGACUGAUCCAGCUCAGCAAGGUGUCCAUCAGAACUCCAUCAGAAGCCAUCCUGAAACCCAAACCAGCAGAACCGUUCGGUCCAGAUCCCAGCCGGGUUCUCCUGUCGGCUCCAGAACCUCAGCCCUUCUGGGCUGCUUGCAGCCUUGUGUGGUUCUGACCCGACUGAGCGCCAAGCAGUGCUGCUCCUUCACGGACCCGGAGGUCCGGCCCCGCCCGGCCCGCCGGCCCAGCAGAGACCCGGACUACCGCCCUCACGUCAACAGGAAGAGAUUCCUGUCGGAGGUCCAGAGGGUCCGGAGGGUCCGGUUCCCUCUGAGGACGGCAAGGAGAGUCCAAACGGAACCGGGCUGGUUCUGGUUCUAGACUCUAAAUACAGUGAUGGUCCGGAACCCCGUAGAACCCGCCUUCUUCUAAUCUAUCAGAUUAGGUGAGCAGAAGAAGGAAAUGUUGUCCUUGGUGUCAGAACCAGAACCAGAACCUGGGUCGGGAAAGUAUUCACUUCCUGUUCUGCCAACCAAUCAGGAAGAUCAUCGUUGCUAUGGUGAUGUCAGCUCCAGAAGCUGCUGUUGGGUCAGAGAUGAUUUACUGUGGUUCUGGUUCUAGCGGUCCUGGUUCUAGCGGUCCUGGUUCUAGCGGUUCUGGUUCUGGUCCGUUAUCAGUGUUCUGUGGCGUCAGAUUUGUUCCGAGGAAACAGAGGUCAGAGUCCGGUCAGGACGGGCCAGGUAUUGACCCGAGGUUCUGUUUGCGGUUCUGUUUGCGCCGUGAGGUCGACGGCCGGCAGAGAGCAAACUGUUGCGUCAUUUCAUGGGAGCAGCAGCGGGUCGUGGUUAACCCCCGAUGGGCCGGGGAGGCUCGUUAGCCUCGUUAGCUGCUGAUCCAUCUUCCCACAGCAUGAUGCUGCCACCACCUUGCUUCGCUGUAUGGAUGCUGCAUUCAGGUUGUUACUUUACUUUCCCCCACCAGGCCCAGAAAGUUCUGUUUGGACCGGAUCAGAACCUGCGGGUUCUGAAGGCGAUUCCCACAGACUUGAAUCGAUUGCAGCUUGUUGUUCUGAUUCUGGUCUGUUUGCCUCCGCGUGACGA